AUGGAAACAUAUUUGUCAUCCGUAGGAUAUGAUGUCUGGAUGUCAGUCAAAAAUGGGUAUACUGUCCCUACCACUCCUACCAAUCUUGAUGCAAAAAGGGAAUAUGAACACAAUACUAAAGCCAAGCAUGCUAUCCUUAGUGGAUUGUCAGACAUAGAGUUUGUUAAAGUUACUCACUACACAUUUGCAAAAGAAACUUGGGACAAGCUGCAAAGAAUUUAUGAAGGAGAUGCGAAAGUAAAGGAGGCUAAAUUGCAACAUCUCCGAGCUCAGUUUGAAAGUCUGAAGAUGAAAGAUGAAGAAAAUAUUGUUGAUUAUCUACAAAGGGUGGAUGAAACCGUAAAUGCAGUAAGAGGUCUUGGAGAAAAUAUUGAAGAUGAAGUAAUAGUGAAGAAGGUGCCGAGGUCUCUAACAACAAAGUAUGAUACCAAGGUCUCUGCCAUUGAGGAAGCUAAAGAUUUGAAAACCUUCUCCAUGGAUGAACUUUUUGGUUCAUUAUUUGCAUAUGAAAUGAGAACUAUAAGUGUUGAACCGUCAAAGAAAGAAGUUUUCUUCACCUCCGAGAACAAAGGGAAAGAGACUGCAAUUUGUGUAGAUGAUGUUGAAGCCAACUUUGUAAGGAAAUUAAAGAAAGGAUCAAGUAAGUAUAGAGGAAAUCUUCGCUUCAAAUGUUUUGACUGUGGUAAAAUAAGACAUUUUGCUGACAAGUGUCCUUAUAAGAAGAAGGAAGAUAAUAAUGAGGGUGAUGUCAAGGAUACAAGUAAAAAGUUUUAUAAUCCUACUAGAAGAAACUUUCAAAAGUAG